AUGAUUGCCUAUGCGGAUGAUGUUUUCGUUCUUUUUGGUGGGCAGUCACGUGCUGAUUUGGAAUACAAAGGGAAUCGUGCAUUGAACAUGAUAUAUGAACGGGGCAUAACGAAUAAACUCUGCUUUAAUGCGAAUAAAAGUAAAGCUAUUGUCUUUAAUAAGCCAAGACAACGAAAAUUAUAUGCACGUGUUCCAACUCUUAGGAUGAACGGUAAAAGCCUAAAGGUGGUGAAAGAACUUAAAUAUCUUGGCAUAUUAUUAGACCAUCGGCUGUCCUGGAAUAACCAUAUUCGUUAUAUUACGAAACACACAGGGCAUAUUAUGCACGCUUUUGCCAAGGUUGCCAGGUCAUCUUGGGGCCUUAGUGGUCUGGCUAUGGGAAUGAUAUAUGAUAGCAUUUUUCUACCCGUUCUCACUUAUGGCUGUGGCAUUUGGGGCUCUGCCGCAGUUAAGGUACAUCAAAAACGCAAAUUGAUCUCGGCACAACGUAGAGCUUUGUUGAUGAUAACCAAAGCAUACAGAACUACGGCUAAUGCUAGUUUGCAAGUGCUUGCUCGCAAGCCGCCUAUUGAUAAAUAUAUUAACUACUUACAAAAAAUUUGGAAAGUCAAAUGUGGUAAUCAUCUUACCUCUAUGUCAAACUCCUUCACUGAGGAAAGCUGGGAGAAAAAUAUUCCUUAUAAAGACACUUUUAGCCCCUACACUAACAUCAGAUUUAUCGAAGCUUCUUCUACUAGUUGUGCCAUUAAAAUUUUUACCGAUGGUUCGAAGUGUGACUGUCAUGUUGGUGCCAGUUUCGUUGCUUUUCGCAACAAUAUUGAAAUUUACUAUAAUGUUUUUAAACUUGGUCCACUUUGUAGCAUUUUUCAAGCAGAGUUAUAUGCUAUUUUACAGGCAAUCGAGUGGUGUGAACGGGCUCUCAAUAAUGCCAAAAUUGCAAUCAUUACCGAUUCACUAUCUUCUCUCUCUACGAUUCGGAGGAAGUCUGUUCAUCCUCUGGUCUUUAGUAUUCAAAGACUGUUGAUUGAGUCUGAUAAUGAGUAUUAUUUUAAUUGGACGAGAUCUCAUUGUAAUGACUACGGCAAUGAUCGGGCGGAUCAACUUGCUAAAAUGGCGGCNGGUAGGCGUGAGUUUUAUAAAACAGUAAAGAUCAACAUGGCAUUAGAAGUGCACAUGGUUGUAUCCAUCGUCUUCCUUACUGUAGGUUCCGUAAUGGUAUUUGUAGGAUUGGUUCUAUAUUGCUUGAUCAAACCCGAACUUUACGAUGGAUUAGUGAUGGCGGAAGUUCCUUCACCGAUAUUUCCAACCGCACCUUCUUCUUCAGAUUCGGAAUUAAUGUGCUAUAGCCCCACUUGGAAAGAGUACGCAAAACGAGUACGUGUAUUUUUGGGUUUAUUUAAAUUCGUCUGGUAUGCCUUUUAG